AUGAUGAGCUCCCGGGUCAGGCCUCAGCCGCCGCCGCCGCUCCCGGGCAGGCUCACCCCGGCCGCCUCCCGCCUGCAGGGGCAGCAGCAGCAGCAGCAGGAGGAGCAGCUGGAGAUGGGCAAGGUGCGGGGCUCGGGGGACGGCCGGCACCAGGCCCGGGGAGCCGGCCGCCGGGCUCGCGGCAGCGGCGCCUCCUCCUCUUCCACCUCGUCCGCAGCCUCGUCCCGCCAGGCCUGGAGCCGGGCCAACCCCGGCUACGAGCCCGGGGACGAGGAGCUGGACAUGGAGCUGGAGUGGGCAGAAGCGGCCGGGGCGGCGCCCCCUUCGAGCCCCGGGAGGAGGUCAGCGUCCAGCGCCGGCAGCGGCACCAGCGGCGGCGGCGGCAGCGGCGGGGCUCCGGGGUACAAUCCCCGCGGCAAUGGCAGGAACAGGGGCCCGUGUCCCACCCCCACCCGGGAGCUCCAGGCCAGGAGGCCGGGCUGUGCCGGGAAGGUCCUGCAGAAAAUCCGAGCUUUGUGGGGAACACGGUUGACUGAGAGUCAAGCUACCACGAGAGAGAAAUAUCUGAAGAACGUGCUGCGAGAGUUGGUGACUUACAUCAUUUUCAUGGUGAUUCUAUGUAUCUUAACGUAUGGGAUGGUCAGCUCCACUAUGUAUUACUAUACCAAAGUCAUGUCUGAUCUUUUCUUGGACACACCUUUUGCAGCUAAUGAGAAAGCCAAUUUCAGGAGUUUAUCCAGCAUGGACGAUUUCUGGAAGUACACAGAUGGCCCUUUACUGAACGGGCUUUAUUGGGACCUAUGGUACAAUAAUGAAACGAUGACUGAGAACAAAAGUUUCAUUUACUACGAAAACCUUCUUUUGGGGGUGCCUCGGAUGAGACAACUGAAAGUGAAGAAUGAAUCCUGUAAAAUACACGAAGACUUGAAGGAUGAAAUCAAAGAAUGCUAUGAUGUCUAUUCGUUUGCAAAUGAAGAUUCUGCACCAUUUGGUCCUAAGGAUGGAACUGCCUGGAUUUAUACACCUGAAAAAGAUUUGAAAGCAAACAGAUACUGGGGUUUAAUUGCUACUUAUAGUGGAGGAGGUUAUUCCUUGAAUCUGGGAAGACGUAGAGAUGAAACGGCGGCAAAAUUUAAAGUACUGAAGGAGAAUCUCUGGCUUGAUCGAGGGACCAGGGUUGUGUUCAUAGAUUUCACUGUCUACAAUGCAAACAUCAAUCUGUUUUGUGUGAUCAGGUUGGUGGUCGAGUUCCCUGCAACAGGAGGUGCUCUUUCAUCGUGGCAGUUCCAGACGGUGAAACUUAUUCGUUAUAUCUCCAGCUUUGACUUUUUCCUGGCAGCUUGUGAAAUUGCUUUCAGUAUUUUCAUUUUUUACUACAUAGUUGAGGAGAUUCUGGAGAUUUACAUUCAUAGACUACAUUACUUCAGAAAUCUUUGGAAUUGUCUGGACAUUGUCAUUAUCAUGCUGUCAUUGGUAGCAAUUUGCAUAAAUAUUUAUCGCAUGUCAAUGGUCAAUACAUUACUUGGAGAGUUGCUGGAGAAGCAGAAUUCAUACCACAAUUUUGAGUCUCUGGCAUACUGGCAGAUUCAGUUCAACAGUGUGGCUGCUGUUGUUGUGUUUUUUGCAUGGAUUAAGAUCUUCAAAUUUAUUAGCUUCAAUAAGACCAUGAUCCAGUUGUCCUCCACCAUGUCUCGUUGUGCCAAAGAUAUCUUGGGCUUUGCCAUCAUGUUUUUUAUUGUUUUCCUAGCUUAUGCUCAGCUGGCUUACCUUGUAUUCGGUACCCAGGUCGAUGACUUCAGCACUUUCCAAACAUGCAUUUUUACUCAGUUUCGAAUCAUAUUGGGAGACUUCGACUUUAUCAAAAUUGAAGAAGCAAACAGGAUUUUGGGACCAAUUUACUUUGCCACUUUUGUGUUUUUUAUUUUCUUUAUUCUGUUGAACAUGUUUUUGGCCAUCAUCAAUGAUACCUAUUCAGAAGUGAAAGCUGAUCUGUCCCACCAAAAGAAUGAGAUGGAACUAACAGACCUUAUCAAGAAGGGCUGCAGCAAGGCGUUGGUUAAACUUCGUCUCAAGAAGACAACUGUAGAUGACAUAACUGAGAGUCUGCGCCAAGCUGGAGGAAAACUAAACUUUGACGAAUUACGACAAGAUCUGAAAGGGAAGGGUCAUACUGAUGCUGAGAUUGAAGCAAUUUUUGCGAAAUACGAUCGAGAUGGAGAUCAGGAACUGACAGAACAUGAGCAUCAGCAGAUGCGGGAUGACCUGGAGAAAGAGCGGGAUGACCUAGACCUUGAUAGGAGCUCAUUGCCUCGAUCAACUAGUGGGAGAGGCUUUCCAAGGAGCCUGGAUGAUUCUGAGGAUGAGGAUGAUGAGGACAGUGGUCACAGCUCAAGGAGACGGGGUAGCAGCUCCAGUGGUGUGACCUAUGAAGAAUUUCAAGUAUUGGUGAGGCGUGUGGAUCGUAUGGAGCAUUCCAUUGGGAGCAUAGUGUCAAAAAUUGAUGCAGUCAUUGUGAAGCUAGAAGCGAUGGAGAGAGCUAAGCUGAAGAGGAGAGAUGUGUUGGGCAGACUUCUGGAUGGUGUUACAGAGGAUGAACGAUCUGGUCGUGACAAUGAUAUCCAUAGGGAACAAAUGGAGCGUUUAGUCCGAGAGGAGCUGGAGCGCUGGGAAUCGGAUGAUACUGUGUCACAGUUGAGUCAACAUCUUGGAACACCCCUGGGAAUGAAUUGGCAAUCUCGUUCCUGCAGCUCACGCCCUUCCUCCUCUCAGUCCACAGAAGGACUUGAUGCUGCUGGUCAUGGAGGCAGUCAUGUUUAGCGUUGAGAGUGCUUGACGUGAAUGGAAGAUUUCCUCCAGUGCUUCUUUAUAUUGUUAGUUCAGUUUGACAAUGCAACAGUAUUUAGACAUUUAUUAAAACAGAUUCUGCAUCCAGUUGUGAGUUAGUAAAUAACAAGCACAGCUUCCACAAACUGUUUUGAUGAAUUGCAUAAGCAGUAUUGUUAAAUGUGAAUUUUGUAAAGUUUGCCUUGGAACACCCCUGGGAUUGAUGAAAUUGUCUGUAUAGUGCACAUUCCAUUAAGGAGUUCAAAACUAAAUGACAUAAACAAAAGCCAGAUCCUUCAGUCCCUGUUAAGAGAAGAUUUUGAAUAUCUGCAAAAUAUUCCAGUGUGUUCUAAAUACAUUUUCUGUAGGAAACCAAUUUGUAUGAUAUUCAGAUAUAUCUUUCUUCCAUCCAUCUACCUGCUAGUGAAUAUGUUGCACUUCUGCAUGCCUGGGUUUUAAUCGAUGUUGGUUUUGCUGCUGCAUUGUUUUUUAACCUGAUCUCAAAUGUAACCUUAACUUCGAUGAGGAUUUCUUUGGCGACAAGUGAGGCCUGAAAACAAUGGGAUUAGAAAUAUUAAAUCUUUUGAAUGGGAAUUUGAAAAAAAACAGUUCAGAUUAUAUAUUUGUCAGUGACCCCCAUUCGUCAAAUGGCCUUUCAGAGGUUUUAUCAAAGGAUAAUUCAUCUUUUUCACAGCAGUACAAAAUAUUUUUUCCUCAACAGAUGAAGGUUAUGUAUAGGGUAGAGUAUUGAUCUCUCAGAAACUAGUAAAAUUGUGAUUCCCUACCAAUAACCUUAAAAACCCAAAUAAUUCAUGCAAUAAUUUAUUAAUCAUCCACUUGUUCCUAGUUCAGCUACUGUUCUCCUGGAGUUAUAGUUGAUGUUCUGUGAUCAGUAACUACUAAAUCUCACGAUGAUUAGUGGAUGAUAGUGUCUUCUUAUGAGUUACCAUGUCGUGCUUUUUAGCUAUUUGUUUAUGAAAGUUAGUUCAGGUAUCCAGAAAAUGUAUCCAGUUGAGUACUGGGCCUAUAUAUUUCUACAAUUCUACCUAAUAUUUCCCAAUAAUGAAUUUACAUUAUGGUUUCAAAACUUUUUGUAAGCUGAUAACCUGAACCGAGGUAACUGCUUUCCUGCAGAAUGGUUCAUAAGCACAUUUGAUUUCUUGCACUAGAUUCUAACAUUUAUUAAUCUUGUUAAGCAAUUGCAACCAAACAUUACAACCCAAGUAUAUAAUCUAAUAGGUUUCCCAGGCUGUAUGCAUUCUUAGCGCCAUUUUGUCUUGACAUUCCUUCUCGCAACAUGAGACCAUUAGUAGUUUUUCAUGUUGAACUCUGUUUUGGAAAGUGAAAAAUCUAUUUAAUCAUCUUACCCGAUGUUCGAAUGGAUAGUUUACAUUGAAACCUUUGUUGAAUGUUGUUUUCACAGAAGUGGUAUAAGUGAGAAUGUAAACAACAACUAUGAGUGGACAUUUAUAUAGUUUAACCACUUAAUUCAAAAUCAGGUUUAGAAUAAAAUGUUCAUUUCCAAAUAGAAAAAGGAAAGUGCCUUUGCCAAAUGAAACAUCUUUUUGGAAAAUAUCCCUCAUUCUCUGAAUAUUUUUCCAAAUCUUGCUGAUUGCUUAGUUUUAACAUGUGCCGAAUGCAACAAAAGCAUUUAAUUGUACGUAUUAAUGCAUCACACAGUUUUAUGAACCAAAUGACACUUUAUUAAUGUGUGAGGUGCAGAACUUUAACAAGCUUCAUUUUGAAGUGCAUUGUUCAUGGAAUAUCCAUGUUAUUUGACACCCCAUGUGCCAAUGCAGAAAAUCUAAUCAGUUUUAUAUAUCAAAUCAGGAUUCUGUAUAUUUUCUGCAUUUAUAUCUAAAUCAUGUAUCUGACUUUAACUGUACAGUUUUUAAAAUUGUGUUAGGUACAACGUUUAUCUUUUUAGUAGGUAUAGUGUACACCUCCUUUGAUUAUUGAUUGUGCAGGUCAUGGGCCUGUUAUAUCAAGCACUUUACUUCCUAAUAAACCAUCUUUUCUGCAAAA